AUGACCAUGUACAGCCCUCAGCUGUGCUACAUCCUGGAUGGCUUCCUCGGCCUCUACGGACUCAUCAUCACCGCCAUGUUCAUCAAGGAGAAGUUCUUUAGAACCAAAGUGAAGGGAGCUGAGGAGAUCGUCUACAGCGAUUUAGAGGGUCAGAGCUCUGGAACUUACACUCAGUUGACAAGACCAAGGGGUCUGAGCGGACGUCCAGAAGGAGAAUACAAAGAGCUUCCUGUUAAAAGAGAACGGCAGAGAAAGAACGAGCAGGUUUACCAGGGUCUGAGCGCCGCCACCAGAGACACCUACGACUCCCUGCAGAUGCAGCCUCUUCCUGCUCGCUAA